AUGGACAGACUUCAGCAUGGUCCGACCACUUUGGUUGAGAAGAGACCUACCGGUCUCACUCAAACCUCACUCUACGAUUACAUGACGACGUCUUCACCUCUGACUUCACCCAUCAUGUCUCCCCAAUCAUCAGCUCCAGUGUCGCCCGGCACCCAGAUGGCCGACGAUAGCUUGACUGAUGAUGACUUCAACAUGAGUGAUGACCAUUCCGAUGAUGAGUCUGAUGAUGAGUCCGUCGAUGUCCCUGACGACAUGGACCUUGAUGAUGUCAUCCCUGCCCUCACCACCAAGAAGCAGCUGCCUCUGUCCAACGAAGUUGUCUUCAACUCUGGCCUUAUGACUCGAUCGCGAGCGGCUAAACUAGCUGCUUCAGCUGACGGUACACCUCCCGCACUGCAGCAAUUCUAUCAUCUUCAAUCACCAGCCCACUCCCAAGAUCCUUCUCCCCCCUUUCCACCCCCCUCUGGCCCUGACGAUCCGAUCAACCGAUCCAAGCCUGAGGCCCACGGCAACCCUCCGGUCACUGCGAACUUGCGCGCGGCUCUCAACAACGCUGUCCCGUACCACCAAUCGCAUCAGGGCAGCAUCUACUCAAGCAACCUAAUGGCUCAAGGUGUGCUACUGGAUGCCUUUACCGGCACGCGCGACUACUUGGGCAACCAAGUUAUCAUUACCUCAGUUGCCGGCGGUCGUGUACGAGAUGAAGCGACCGGAAACAUGAUCAGAGUUGCCAGUCAGGGAACCAACAAUCAAGGCUACAAAGCCCUCAGUAACGCUUUCCACGCCCGACGCCCAGUAGUGCUCAUUGUUGGAGCCGGAAACCCCCUGCUGCAAGUCAGAGUCGAGCACUAUUACAACGUGCUCGACUACUUCCACAUUACCAACAUUUGGUCUGAAGGAUCCAUCAACGCAGCGGGUGAGCUCAUCCAACAUUACAUGGUGCGAUUCGAGCGAGUCGAUUUAGCGACACGCUCGUGGUGGGAAACCGCAGGCGCAGACUUGAACCCAAGACACCAGCCAGGCGAAUACCACUGCCGCGUACAGCGAUGCGACAAUUGCCACUUCGACAAUGACGAGAUAUACGACCAGGGUUGGACUUGCCUAGAACCAGAUUGCGAGCGCUUCUUCCAGUUCCCGUUCGAAGUCGAUCUUGAUGCACUGCAGUACAGCCAGGCAUUCCUGCGUCGCAGGUUUAGAUUCACCAACUUCCCGCUUCCCCAACCCCUGGUGCCGGAGCUACCUUCAGCCCUGUCUGUACGACCAGGCGGCAUGUUCGGAACGGAGAAGCACUUCAAGCGGGGCAUUGUUUGCCCUCUUUGUUUCUACUGCAGCCGCCGGGUUCUGUGGCAUGAAUGGCGGUGUGAGAACCCUUCAGGGUGCGAGUACGUACUCCAUAUCCCUAUCCGCGAGGUUCCAAUGAACCACAUCAUGGCGGAAACAGCCGCUUCUAUUCUUAGAAGGAGACAAAAGUUCAUCCACACGGACAACGAUGUCUUGGCAUUCACCACUUUUGGUCAAGGUUACGAUAUGGCGACCUUCUACCUGCCAGGGGAGACCGAUGCGAGAGGUGAGCACGAUUAUGUCGGCUCAAUCACGAUCUUCCGACCUACCAAGACUACGCUCGAAAGACCUGGAGGACUCAAUGACCUCUUUAUGUCCAUGCAAGACGCGGUACGAGAGCGCAAAAUCAAUCUCCGAAGAAACCCCGCUCGCAACAAAGGCCACCGCAUCGAGGAGUUGACUUCACACUUCACAAGCAAUAUCGGAGCGGACUAUAAGUUUGGCGUUGUUGUUGCCACGUCAAGCGGUUUUGAUGAGGCUCCCGUUCCCGUCAUGCAGGCCCUGAACCGUUUGACUUGGGCCGGAGAAACUGCAACGAAGAUGACCACUAGAGACGUCUCUCGGCACGGAAUCAACGCGGACAAGGCCUCCAUGCCGGACGAGUUUCGCGAGUUUAACGAGCAGCUCAUCCUUGGCUACUUUGAGGAAUCGAAGAUUAGCUAUCACGACGAUGGCGAGAAAGAACUAGGCCCCACCGUUGCCACCCUGUCUCUGGGUUCGCCUUCCGUCAUGUGCUUUCGGCCCAAGAAAAACAAACGGAUUGGACCCCAGUCCACAAUGCACAAGAAGAACCGACCCCCGAUGGUCUCGUUUGUGCUAGAGCAUGGGGACAUGGUGGCCAUGCAUGGGACUGACAUCCACAAGCACUACGAGCACAAGGUUGACCCCGAGGGAAUCAUGCGAUAUGCCUUGACAUGCCGCUACAUUCGCCCAGAGAUGAUGGCAGAUGAGACCAGACGUCAGCUUGCUCUCACCAAGGGAGCGGUUCCGGAAUUCUGGAAGAACCGACCUUACUUGGGAGAGGACAACCUCGAUCUCUUAGCUUCUCCAGCGGCAUCGGGCCAUGCAGAUGGUGACCUCGUCAUGGAAGGCGCUGCAAACAACAUCAUGGUUGCCCCGGCCGCUAAUGGACUUGCCGCUGAUGCUGUCGCCAACGAUGCUGUUAUAGAGGAUGCUAUCGCUGCUGGUGCUACUGCCGACAAUGCAGUCGUUGCUGAUAUAAUCACUACUGCUCAAGACAACGAAAUGACCAACGAAGUCAGUAUUCCCAUGUCCGUUGAAGACAGAUUCCUUGGAGGAAUCACGGAGCUGAACGACAUCUGGCGUUCAAACCCUGGUCUCGUUUCUCAACUGUCUCAACAAGACAGAGAGACUGUCCUGGCCCUGGCUGCUACGCUGUCCUCCACUGCCGGCGAGGGUACCAACUCGACAUAA